UCUCGUCCACCACCGCCUCCUCCACCUUACCGUACAGUCUGAGUCCUUCUGCGGUCUCGUAUUCGUUCUUUUCUCCCUGUUGUGUCGUUGGAAAGGAGGAUCUGGCUCACAAACGCCCAUAAAUCUCCUACCAGCCAUGUUCGCGCGUUUUCUCACUACGCUCCUCUUUCCGCUUUUGCUGCAUCUGGCGCCCUAUGUCGAUGCUGCUGCGUCGCUGACGCCCCCAGCAGAGUCAUCUACGGCAUCUGUCGGGCUGAGCGUGUCCUUCACACCAACGUCCAGCGCGAGCGGCUCUGCAUCGAGCGCUGGGUCCGCGAGUGCGAGUGGGAACGGGACUGCGACAUCGUCGGCGCAGUUCCCGAGUUUGAGUGGGCUGUCGACCUGUGCGAAUCAGUGCUUGGGGUUGGCGAUCUCUCAGGAUGGGUGCGACAGCAUUGUGGAUGUAAACUGUUACUGCACAAACCCCUCGAAGUUUACCUCCGGCCUCGUUGCAUGCAUCACGGCACAGUGCUCGGGCGACCUCGCGUCGGCCGAGUCCAUCGCCCAGCAGUUCUGCGCGCAAGCAUCCUCGAGCACUUCCCUCUCCUUCCCCACCGCUCCCCCCUCGACAACCUUUUCCGACCCGUUCACGUCGUCGACCUCCGCGUCUGGGUCCGCCUCGCGUAAUAGCUCCAGCGCGGCCCCCUCGUCCGCCACCUCCCCAUCUUCUUCUACCUCCGCUUCGGCGACGAGCAGCAGCAGCGCUGGGCAGGGGAACAGCGCCGGAGCUCUACACGCCGUCGGCGGCACCGGCCUCUUUGGAAUCGCGGCCGCUCUCGCUGGAGCGAUCCUGGCAUGAGCCCCCGCGCCGCGCAACUGCUCCCCCAGCGAGCGCCCUCCUCCGGCGGCGGCGCUCAUGAUACCCACCUCUCUGGACUGUGGAUCAUCUUCGCUCGGCCACAUUGUACGGACGUGCAUGUACGUGCCUGCGAGCCUGUGUUGUCCGGGCUGCCUCGAGGACGGUUUGGACGCUCUAUGUGGGAAUGAUGUCAUCUGGAUACUUGCCGGCUUGUAGGACGGCUUUGUAGGCUCCGGCCUGUCCAAUGCAUGCAUGCUCG